AUGCUGAAGGACGUCUACCGUGAUGAGCGUCCCGAAAGCCACAUUCUCCACAGGACUGAUGGCCAUCUUCACAACAACCUGCGAAUACUGAUGCCAACGCGUCUCUUUAGGACUGCAGUUCACAACCUACAUUUCGCUGACGACUGCGCACUCAUCACCGACACAGAAGCUUAUAUGCAACGGAGGAUGAAACCAUUUAUCUCCGGUUGCGCCAACUUCGAACUGAACAUCAACACGGACGACAUGAUGGCUAUGCACCAGUCGUCAUCCAAUGCUGCAUACAGUGAUCCUCAUAUCCACCUCAACGGUAUCCGACUGAAGGCCAUGGACGACUUCGCCUAUUUAUGCAGCCACUCCUCACGCUACAUCAAAAUCGAGGACGAAUCGCCAAAGCAAACCAAGCCCUUGGCCGGCUUCAGAACCCCAUAUGAAUUUUCUACGGUCUCCAGCUAA